AUGACGCGACCGCAUAUCAUCAGAGCAGACACCAUCGACCUGCAGGACAAAUCGUCGCCCACCGCCCAAGACCACUCCCAGCAGCCCCAACACCCUGCGCCGCUCGGUAUUGGCCCAGCAGCGCCUCACCAGCAGGCUGCGAUACGGCAUGUAGAGCAGGAGCGCACCUCAGAGGAGGCGCGUCUGCACGAUGCAUGGAGCGAUGCUGGCAACACGCUACGAGACGAUCCCGGCUCAGACGACGACCGCACUGUCAUCAAUGGAAACAAGGGCUCACAGCAAGACGAGCAGGCUGUCAGGCUGAAUGGUGGAACGUCCAACGACGGUGAUGAUGGCGACAUGCAGGACGCCGACGUCGAGGAGGACAUGGACGACGACAUGAUGGACAAGAUUUCGAGUUCGCCCUCGAUAGACGAUGUCUUCGCCGUUCCUCUCAACGGUCGCUUCUUCCUCCCCGUUUACGAACACGCCCAUUCAUUUUCCUAUUUCUGUCGCCAACGCUCGAAGACCACUCAGCGUCCCAGCGUCCGACACUUCUCCUAUGUCAAGGGGUCGACCUACAUCGAUUCCCAUUUCUUUUCGAUUCCCUAUACCCACGGAAAAUCAGUCAGCGGAGCAUCAUCGUGCGACACCAUACGGAUCGAGGUCGGUAUGAGCCCGAGAACGAGACAACUCAAGGCCGUCGAACGCCGUAUUGAGAUGAGAGAAGACUCACAGGCAUCACUAAUCUCCGAACUGGACGAGGAGCAGGUCAAAAGCAUGUUGAAACCGAUUAACCGCGCACUUUUGGACACGCCGGACGAUCCGUUCCUAGAACCCGGCCCAGGUCCACCUCGAGGGACGAGCAGCACCCCUUCCCCCGACGAUGGUCACUCCGAAGACGAAGAGGGCUCUUGGACCACCGACAGCGAUGCCGACUCCUGGAAUGAGGACAUGGACCAAGACAACGAUGAUGCAUCCAACGACGUCUCUUUCUCUGAUGAUUCCAGAUUUAUCGACUCAGGAUGGGGAGGCGAAUGCUUACGAGAAACAGAGGAUAUCGAUUUCGAAUUUGUUUACGCCCUGCACACGUUUGUCGCGACCGUCGAGGGUCAGGCAAACGCAACGAAAGGUGACACGAUGGUGUUACUUGACGACAGUAACAGCUACUGGUGGCUAGUACGAGUAGUCAAGGACAACAGCAUUGGUUACCUGCCCGCCGAACACAUCGAGACACCGACAGAACGUCUGGCCCGCCUCAACAAGCACAGAAAUAUAGACCUCUCCGCAACGAUGCUUGGUGAUACUGCCGAGAAAUCCAAGAACCCGCUCAAGAAGGCUAUGCGACGAAGGAACGCUAAGACCGUACAAUUCGCUCCUCCUACCUACGUCGAAGCCUCGGACUACGACUACUCAUCUGACGAGGGCGAAGGUGAGCUUUUCGGUGGCCCAGAGCCAAAGCAAAUGCAACAGCAGCAGGCAGCAACACAAGAUGGCGAUUCCGCACAGGAAGAAAACCUGGAAGUGCAACCUCUCAAGGUUAACGGCGCGAAGAAAGAUGGCCAGACUGAUGGUGAAGCACGAGGCUCAAGCGAGGAUUCCGCCAAACGAAGCGAUGACCGUGAAAGAGGUAGCGAAGAUGCGGUCGAUCGACCUUUGGACCCCAAAGUCUCUCGGAAUGGCACGCUCCGCAACACAGACUCUUUCUUCAAAGACGAAAACACCGAGACACGCAAAAUCACCCUCACUCCCAACCUGCUUCGCGACGAUUCCAGUACAUCGACUACAGGCUCCCGCGAGCGCGGCCCCAGUCUCGAAAGUUUGGAGAAGAACGGGUUCGCGGACAAGGUCAAGGACGACAAGAAGAAGAAAGAGAAGAAGUCUGGCAUGCUCAGUGGGCUUUUCAAGCGCAAGGAUCGUAAAGGCAAGGGCGCACAAGACUCUGUGGACAGCGACAUCGAAAAGCCGGAAGAAAUGGACCGCAGCUCGCCGCAAUCGAAACCAUCGGAUGAACUCGCAGAACGACCGUCAGCUGAACAGGCAACAGCUCCAGCACCGUUGAGACAGUUGAGCAAGCCCAAGGUGCAUCGAAGUCAACGUAACCGAGACGAUUCACCGCAAAAGACGAAGGGUAUCUUGAAGACCGAGAGUCCGACUGAGUUGAGCGCCGAGCCAGAUGCCAUGUCGGAUGGACCUGACAAUCAGUCCGCCGCACAACAAUCUACGUCGACCAUGCGUCUAGUCCCGCCUGAACAGGAUCAGGCAAACAGGCCUUCUGUAGAAGAACAGACCAUGUCGCCAGACUCAACAUCCGCGCCUACAGGCUCAAGAAACCCAUUCAGUAGUAUGAUGAAAUCACCACAAGAAGGAGAGGUCAAGCGCGAGAAGGUUACCAAGGCGAAGCAGCGCGUGCAGUUGGAUGAUUUCGAUUCAGAUGAAAGCAGCGAUCCUUUCGCGGAUCCUGAUGCUCAGGAUAAGCCAGGCGAGGCUGAGAAGUCCGAGUCUGCUGGACGCCUUUCUGAGUCUCCAGUACACGUCUCUGCAGCGGACGCACAGCCUUCACAGAAAGAGACUGUUGCCGACAGAGAAAGAGAGUCUGAAUCCCACCACACUCCAGGCCUGUCUACCGAUAGCUCAAGCCAAGAGACUAGCUCCCCCAUUUCGACGCCUACGCCUGACGACAGCCCUAUGAAAACCAUUCCAGAAAACAACACGAUUUCGACUUUCAGGUCUGACAACACUUCCUCACCCACGCAUCAUGCAUCUGAACCGGCCGGUCCUCCACCCUCACGACCAGCACCAAUCCCUACCAAGGAUCGCGAACCUUCGCCGCCCGUAUCCUCGGAAAGCGCAAUGCUUCCUGCAUGGUCUGACGCCUCGCUCCGCGCUUACCUCGAUGAUGGUAGCGAGAUUCGUGAUAUGCUCGUCGUUAUUAACGACACUACGGGGGUUGUACCUGUUGGUCGUGAUCAUCCACUGAUGAAGGACUAUCUCUCCGAGGAGACAAAGACCAUGCAAGGCCUGAGUGGCGAACUAGAUCGUCUGCUCAACGGGCUUAUGGAGAAGCGCAUGAAGAGAGCUGGAAGUGGUGCCAGCACCGCACGCAGCACAAGCGCAAACGGCAGUUUGAGGGCGGGGUCGAGAUUUUAG